UGUAAGACAUUUUUGUUCUUGAGAGACGAGCAAGAGGAAGUGAAAGCAAGACUGCAAAAUUUAAUUUCCUGGUUGCUUGUGGAUGACUUCGGAGACAAGCCUUUGGCCACCUCUCACCUGUCUGAACACACCUGGAGGUUGGAAGUCUUUGCAGAGCACAGGUGGCUCAGAGCUGGUUGUUACCAGCACAUCCCGGUGGUGGAAAGGCAAUGGAGGGGUCCCAUGUAGAGGCAGAUUCCAAUGGUCCCUUCAGUGUACAUGGGGACCGUGCAGAUGUGACUCCUCGGAAACAACCACGCUUGCAGCUGUCUUUCCAGCAGGAGGAACAGAUGAUUCUCAGGAACUAUGAGAACAUUGAGAGCAAGGCCAGAAAAAUUCUGGGCACCUCUUGUCAGAAGAUGACCCAUCUCUUUCUGAUGAAGGACAUGCCUGAGCACUUGGCCUAUCUCCGGGACCGCAUCACCACUCUCAACUCCAGGCCUGCCUUGGAACCCCUCUACAUUGGGCUCUUUGGGAGCAGUGGUGCGGGGAAGAGCACUCUGCUCAACACUAUCCUGGGCAAACGCUUCUUCCUCCCAGUGUCAGGGACCCGCACGUGCACCUCCUGCCAGGUCCAUGUCAGUGUCUGCAGGAGCAAGCAUUAUGAAGCCAAGAUUUUUCUCCUCUCAGAUGAGGAGUGGAGGGAGGAGGUGAAGAACCUGGUCAUGCUCCUGGAGAACAGGCAUGAGAACAGUGAGGCUGAUGGUGAUCUGGAACACGCCAUUAAAGUGCUGAAGGCUGUCUACGGGGAAGGAGCAGAUGAAAAGUCUUACGAAGAACUCGUGAGAACCAAGCCUGUGAUCGCUAUUCCUCCCUCAAGAGUUAUCACUCUGAGAAAGACAGAGGCAGACGACCUUGGCAAUGAGCUGGAUCCAUACAUCCGCAACCAGGAUGGCCUCGAGGGGGCUGAGGAGGGGGACAACUCCCAGCGCAGUGAGCAGAUGCGGCUCUGGCCCCUCAUCAAGCAGGUGCAUGUGACUAUCCCCCCAUCCGAGCUGGUGCCUGAAGGUGUCGUCUUUGUAGACAUCCCAGGGAUAGGUGAUGCCAAUAAGAAGAGGGAUGAGAUGUGGAAAGAGAGCAUCCUGCAGUGCACAUCCAUUUGGAUCGUCGCUGAUGUUGAGCGCGUUUUUGGGGCUAAAGCACAUGAAAUCAUGGUGAAAGAGGCAAUUAAAGCUUGCCAGGUUGGCAAGUGCAGCGAUAUCACCUUCGUGAUCACCAAGAUAGAUAAGAUUGAUGUGGAUGAGUAUUUGAGGAGCCACCCAGGGGCCUCAAGGGAUGUAAGCAAUCGUGAUGCCAUUCUGGGGACCAAACAAGAACUGAAAACAAGAAAGACCAGAACACUAAGGGAGAAGAUGAAGAGGAGUCUACCCAGUGAUGCAGAGAUCCUCCAGAAGCAGGAUCUGGUUUUCCCUGUCAGUGCCAAGGAGUAUUGGGACCUCACAGUCCUCACUAGGGAGGAUACAGAAAUCAAUGGGCUGAGAGCCCAUGUCAGGAAGCUCUACUUGGACACAAAGCGAAGUCAGUUACAAGAUUACAUGAAAGAAAUCCUUGUUGUCUUCUCUCUGGUGGAUGUUUAUCACUCCACGCAGCUCAACCCGAAUCCUGUGUAUAAAGAUGAACUCAGCACAUUCAUGUCAGAGAAGAUCAAGACUCUGAAGGAGUCGACUGAGGUCUCUUUUGGACUUAUGGAUGAACCUCUCAUCAACGGGGUGAAGUCUGCCCGAAACAAGUACAAGAAAAACAUUGAGAAGGUCUUCAUGCAAGGCAAAACGUCCUCUGGCUUCCACAGGACCCUGAAAGCUGUAUGUGUGAGGAAGGGUGUGUAUGUGUCCCGUGUCUUCAGUCGCAUAGACAUCAACAACUGCCUGGCUGAGCCCAUCUAUGCAGAAAUUGAGGCCACGUUUGCGAAAAUAUUCAGAAAACAGGCACUCACAAGGUUCAGCCUGCAGGCCUCCAUCAAUAAGUUCAGCCAGGAGGUAAAAAACAAAUUUGAGGAUUUGGAAAAGGUUACAGACUUGAACAGGUCCAAGCUCAACUUUCUCAAGCAAGAGACUGACAUCAUCAUGAGGGCUAUAGACAGAGAAAUUCUUUUGAAAAAGAAGACUAUCUAUGAAUCCCUUGAGGUGACCAUCCAAAGCAUCCUGUCACCAUGUUAUGAAGAGGCUGCUAAUAUACGUGGGAAGGAUUCCUGUGCACGGAUCAAAGCCACGCUGAUGCAGAACAUUGAGCUGGAGGUGCAGAGGGCAAUGUUUGAAAAAGCAAAGGAGCAGAUGAUGAGUCAGUUCCAGAAUCUGACGGAGGAGAUCACCACCAAGCUCAGCAAGGACUUUCUCAGCAUGCUGGGCAUCACGUUCUGCCAGAACGACCAACUGAUGGGCGCACUGCCGGAUUUUAAGGAAGAAUGCCAAGAAAUCCAGAAUAUGCUGAGGCAACUGGAAUGACCAGAAAGGCCCAACCAGAUGAAGCUCUCUUCCCACUUCUUUGUUUAAGCUUUUAUUUUUUAUUAUCAUUUUUUUAAAUUGCUUUUUAAUCUGUUCGUUGCUUUUCUAUGGCGGCCAGUUUGCAAAGGGGGGGAUUUAAAAGGACUUAUGGGUUCAGUGGGGUGGGCUCUUAAGAGGCAGAUGUGGCUCUUCUUUGUGUCCAUGGUACAUUUCAGCCCUCCUUGGUCUUUCCCCCUCGCUGACCUUGGUGCUUGCUGGAGGUGCAUGCGGAUAUACAUGUCAGGGAAUAGGACAACCAAUUAACAUGUAUGUGAUUAAUUACAUUUGUAUGAAACAUUCAUUGUAGGUCGGGCAUUGUUUUUUAUACCUAUUUUUGUCCUAUGUCAGGGAAUAGGACAACCAAUUAACAUGUAUGCGAUUAAUUACAUUUGUAUGAAACAUUCAUUGUAGGUUGGGCAUUGUUUUUUAUACCUAUUUUUGUGAAUGCCUUUUCCCAGUGCCUUUCAGUUCUCAGGUAGAAUCCAGCAGAGACAGACUGAUAUGUAUCUGAAGCAACACUGAUGCCAUGCCCACCCGCUAAAGUACAACUCUGCAGUGAGCUCUUUUCCUGAGAUCUAAUAAAACAUAUAACACAAUAAAA